AUUGGAUUCGGCAUUUACAAGGAUUUGCUGUCUCGCCUCCAUUCUACUUAAACCCCAUCAAGGAUUCAUCUCUACUCAACUCUCUCUCUCUCUCCUCUCUCUCUCUCUCUCUAGAAACACACACCAAAAACACACACACACACAGACACACAAUUAGUUGCAUAAUGGCAGAUGCAUUGAAUGAAGAACAGAUUGUUGAAUUCCAAGAAGCCUUCAGUCUGUUUGAUAAAGAUGGAGAUGGGUGCAUAACCAUAGAAGAACUUGCUACAGUGAUAAGGUCAUUGGAUCAAAAUCCAACAGAGGAAGAGCUCCACGAAAUGAUGAACGAAGUCGAUUCCGACCGAAACGGGACCAUCGAAUUCGCCGAAUUCUUGAAUCUCAUGUCCAGGAAAAUGAAGGAGAUUGAUGCAGGUGAGGAGCUCAAAGAAGCUUUCAAAGUGUUUGAUAAAGAUCAAAAUGGUUACAUAUCAGCAAAUGAGCUUCGGCAGGUGUUGAUGAAUUUAGGGGAGAAAUUAACAGAUGAGGAAGUGCAACAGAUGAUCAGAGAGGCUGAUUUGGAUGGUGAUGGUCAAGUUAAUUUUGAUGAAUUUGUCAAAAUGAUGACCACCGUUGGAUAAAGUCAUAAAACAUACUUUUAAUUUUAUUUAUUUAUUAUUUUUUAUUAAUAGUAUUAUGUUUAUUAUCCUUUAGGACAAUAUUCUUGCUGCCCAAAUUUAGAUUUAUUUUCUUGGUUGUAUUACUUUAUGUUUUAGAUCCAAUGGAAAUUUCAACUUUGCCAUUCUUA